AAUUAUUUUCAGGUACAUCAACUUCAGUCUAAAGUCGACAGUAAGACUGAAACUAUCGUGAGAUUAGGCAAAGAUCUCGAAACCUUACAAGAUGAAAAUCGCAUGAUCAAAGCCAGAUCACUCACUUUGGAAAGGAACCUGGAACGGGUAGAAAUGGAAGUGCACAAGUAUGCUGCUAAUGAGAUUGAUAUCAAGACUAGCUUCAAGUUGGAAAAGCAGAAACUUAUGGACGAGAUUGAGACCCUUCGAAAAGACUUAUCCGCUGCGCAAACGGAAAACGCUGAAUUGAAAGCGGAGAAGAUUGAUCUUCAGAAAGACUGCAAGCUUUUUAGGCAGAGAAUAGCCAAGUUCGAGGUUCACUUUUAUUCCAUUCCUUUAACUAAAUCCCUCUCCAACAUUGCCAAUUUGGAAAGUCCAUGCACUUCAAAAGAGGACACCACAUCUCUCCGUGGGAAGAGUUCUGAAGAUACCGGAGCUGAUGGAUUGGGAAAGUACGAAAAGUUGUAUAAAGAAAGCCCAGGAAGUUUCCGCUCCUUAUUCGAAUCUGUCCAAAACUCUCAUAUCACUGUUCACAUGGGACUAAUGGGCUGCUUUCAGUUCAAACAGAUCGAAACGGAUCUACACACGGUACUGGGAAUAAAGGAAGAACUUGUUAUGGAACGUGAUGCAUUAGUGAAGAAAGUGGAGCGCUUAAGUACAGAAAUGUCAUUUCUGUUGAAUGGGGAUCCACGACGUGUAGCUGAAGACCUGGACACUUUAGUAGCUGAAAACCGUUUUCUAAAAGCACGACUUGAUUCUGCAAAUGAGGAAAGUGAAACAAUGAAGGCUACCUUAUCAAAGUACCGAGCAAUGACUGAAUCUCGGCCAUCGACGGCGAAUCCAACGGUCAGUCAAGAUUCUUCCCUCGGAGAGAAAAGUAGUGUGGCUGUCGUCAAUAUGAAACAAAUACGUGAACUGCUUUCAUCACACGCGAUCAAACUUGACGACAAUGAUUACAAAGCUAUCACAGCCAUUUUGCUCGAUUUGUGCAAUGACAAGCAAAUGGCCCUGACGCAUCUACGUAGAGCUAAUAAAGUUCUCGGCAAUCGAGUAAAUGAAGUAGAAAGUCACUUAGCCGUUCUAGAAGCGAAAUCAAGGAGUACAAGUCCUAACAAACCGUCAUAG